AUGACAGUUGAAAAUCAUUGGAGAUUAAUUAAAUAUGAUUACCUUUCAGAAUAUAAUCAUGCAUGCUUAGAUUUACUAGCCUAUAUUAUUGUAACACAAGUUAUACCUAGACAAGUUGAUCGAUUACAGCAAUUAAGAGAUGGUCGAGCUGUAACACAUUGGAGAACUGAUUUAAAAAUUCAUCGGCAAGAAUACUACUCAUUUUUACGAAUCAAUGAGCAAUAUGACAAUUUAUUUAAAGAUCUACCAGAAAAUCUUUUCUUAACAGUUUUAAAUAAACUACUCACAGAAUAUAUGUUGAAUGAAAAGGCAUUAGUCAAUAAUAAUUUUGAUGAACAAUCUAGUGACUAUGAUACUUCUAAUAAAGAAGCUUCAGAUAAUUAA